AUGAAGGUGCCCUCGGACCUGGUGCUGCUGCCCGGCCACAGGUUCCAGCUGCUGGCGGCCCUGCAGGAGGAGCAGGAGCGCCGCGCCGUCCCCAGGGAGCCGCUGGUCCCGCCCUUUCCCAGCUGCUUCUACAACGUGUCACGGGGGGAGGCCGAGCGGCUGCUGGAGCGCAGCACGGGCGGCGGGAACAUGGUGCUGCGCCCCGGGGGGCACGGCCACGGCUUCUCCAUCACCACGCGCCAGACGCUGAACAACACGGCUCUGAUCAGGCACUACAAGGUGAUCGACCUGGGCCAGGGCUACUGCAUCAACAUGGAGACGCCACACUACUGCUCCUCGCUGGCCAAGGUGGUGCAGUACUUCGUGGAGAUGAGCAAGGGCAGCCUGCAGCCCCUGCACUCGGAGUACAACCAGAAGCUGG